AGGAUGGAACUGAAAAACGGAUAUACGUUGACUAAGGAGCUGGAAUAAGACUGAGUCCUGCUCUGUGAUAUUUAUGUACCUGGACCAUGAACUUGCUGUUUGGCUUCAUGCUUUAGGAACUUUUGUAGUAACUGUGUGAAGUUGUUGGGAAUCAUGGCAUUCUCUCCAUGGAAGCUGUCCUCUCAGAAACUCGGCUUUUUUCUGGUGACUUUUGGUUUCAUUUGGGGAAUGAUGCUUCUGCAUUUUACUAUUCAGCAGCAAACGCAACACGAAAGCAGUUCAGUCCUGCGUGAGCAAAUUUUGGAUCUCAGCAAAAGAUACAUCAAAGCAUUAGCCGAAGAAAAUAAAAAUGUGGUUGAUGGGCCUUAUGUUGGGACAGUGACAGCAUACGAUUUGAAGAAGACACUUGCUGUCUUGUUGGAUAAUAUCUUGCAGCGCAUUGGGAAGCUAGAGUCCAAGGUGGAAAAUCUUGUACUUAAUGGAACAGGAGCAAAUUCUACCAACAAUACAGCCACUCCUGCUCCCAGUUUAGGAGCAGUUGAAAAGCUUAAUGUAGCAG